GAGGAAUUUGAGUAAGAGUGCCUGUGCUUUCUCCUUCAACCAGCUCAGAUUCUCCUCAACUGAAACCAGAAGAUGACAAUGGCCUAGACGAUGCAGAGCUAUGGGCCGUCAUAGACUCAACAGUUGUUUCUCACUCCGCCUCUAAAUCGAGCCAGAGCAAAACCCUGGCUCUGAUGGGUAAUCCCACCAAUUACCAUAAUCUUACUCCCAAAACCCGUACUAUACCUUCAAUCCCAUAUCAAUAUCAAACGCCUGAGGCUAAAGGCUCAAGGAAAUCUAGAUUUAACUACACUGUGGAAGAAGACCGGAGAGAAGGUGAGGUGCUGCAGGAGCAGUCGAUUCCUCAUCGACCUCACAAGAUGAUGAGAUCUGAUGCCUAUGGAGGGUUUCAGAGGCUCCAUAGGCCUGGGUAUUUCAAUGGAGGAACCCAAGCGAUUUCACGGUGGCAAAGGCUCUGUGAUCUAUGUUUCUAGAGAGCUUAGGGUUACAAGGAGGGGGAGGAGAGAGCAAGGGUGGGCAAAAGGCUCGCGUUUUGAACGGGCUAGAGGGCAAAGUCGCCCUCAUAACUGGUGGCGCCAGCGGCAUUGGACGCGCCACUGCUGAGGAGUUCAUAUGCAAUGGCGCCAAAGUGGUCAUAGCUGAUUCCAACAAAGAUGCAGGGCCUCGCGUGGCCGAAGAGUUGGGUUGUGCCGCCUCCUUCAUCCACUGCAACGUGGCCCAUGAGACCCAAGUCUCCGAUGCAGUUGACUUCGCAAUGGCCAACCACAAACGCCUUGACAUCAUGUAUAACAAUGCAGGGAUUGCAGGCCCUGCACCGACAACCAUAACUGACCUCGAUCUCUCCGACUUCGACCAUGUGAUCAGUGUUAAUCUCCGUGGCGCCCUGGCAGGUGCAAAACAUGCAGCUCGAGUCAUGAUCCCACAAAAAAGUGGAUGCAUUUUGUGCACCGCAAGUAUAAGUGGGCUCAUGGGAGGGCUUGGGCCCCACCCCUAUUCAGUCUCCAAGUUUGCAAUCCCUGGGCUUGUCAAGUCACUAGCAAGCGAGCUCAGGGUCCAUGGAAUCAGAGUAAAUUGCAUUUCUCCCUUUGUUAUACCCACCGCUAUGGUGCUCAAGGAAUUUUCAGGGUUUUAUGCUAACUUGAGCACAGAGGACCUUGAAAGGGUUAUUUAUAGUUUGGGUCAGCUAGAGGGCGCGAAUAUAGAGGUGGUGGAUGUGGCGAGAGCAGCUCUAUAUUUGGCUUCGGACGAAGCAAAAUAUGUUUCAGGCCAUAAUUUAGUUUUGGAUGGGGGUUUCACUGCAUUCAAGCACUUACAGUUCCCAAAUAUGGGCCCAGGGUAAGUCUCACAAGGCCCAAUUGUGAGCCUGAACCCAUCGUGAGGUCUGCUUUGGCUAGAGGUCUAUUUCGGCCUAUAGUAGGGCCGCACACAGGGGCUGAGGUUGAUCCUGAGACCCAUUUAGCCUGAGGACAAAGGAAAUUAGUGUAUUGAUUGGCAUGUUAGUAACUAAAAGAUGCGCGAAUUACUGGAUUCUUAUGUAAAUCUUCACUCUUGAGCUGGUGGUGCUUGUUUUUGAAGGAAUGGUAUUUGAGGAUAGAAUGGCAGUGCACGUGAAUGGAGUGAAACAAGCUAAUAAUACAAUCCUGUUUCUGAAACUUAAAAAUUUUCUGAUGCUGGUAAAAGAUGAGCAUUUGCUCUAAGACAAUCGAAUCGGCACCAUCACCACCAUAGACCUUACUAAUAUUAUUUCUCAGGGAAUUCCCAAGACAGUAAAGAAGAUUUUUUAGACUGAAAAUUAUUUGUUGUAUCUUUCUCACUGAUCUCCUUUAUCCUUGGCCUUCCCACCCAAACACAACCAAGUCCAAACUCUUGCCAAGUCACAGAGAGAGCUGAAAAUCCUCAUUCUUAACAAAUCAUUAGAGAGACUCUCAUUCGCAUACUCCACAACUUCUUAGAAAAGGAGAGCUUUCAUCCUUCACAGCCCCUUAAGAGUGAGAAAGUGCUCAUCCUCCAGCUUGUAGUAGAGGGAGCCCUCAUUCUCUAGAAUCUAGGAAUGUCCACAACCAAUUUCAGAGAAAGGGGGAACCCGAGGUACCUGUAAACCCUGAAGCUCGCAGCAAUGGAAGCAGUGUUCAAGUUCCAAAGUAAGCAUCAAUGUUUUUAUUUCAGACUUGAUAAGCUUCUCACAGAGUUUGAUAUCACUGCUAGCUCAGGUUGUAGUCGUGCAACUUUAGAGGAAAUGUGUGAAUUGGAGCACGAGCUGAUAAUCGGUUAUGAAGAGAGAAAGGUUGUCGAUAGUCGGUUAAAAGGACGAAUGGAAGCUGCAUGGUUUGCUGGAAUCAGUGAUGGAUGACGCGAAUGUGAAUGAUGUUGAGAGUUAAUUUGGGGUAGUAUCGGACAAUUGGCUUUGAUGAAUGAGGGGGAUGACUAUAAAGAGCCGAGGAUGGUGCAUCUGCUGGUGGCUGCUGCCCAGGCGUUGACAGGAAGCUGCCAAGAGCAGGGACUUGGCGUGGCCACAUGGGUGACAUUGGCUUGGUCUUGAAUCAAGGGCUUGGUCUUGGCCACCCAAGGCAGCAGCAUUGAGUAGCUCGCCACCCACUUCAUUAAUGGAGAUGAAGAGUUUAUGGCGGCGUGAGCUUAAGAAAGAAAUGAGGAUGUAGCAUUUUCACCCUCGAGGAGGGAAAAACAGAAAUUCACAGGGAGAGUCCAAUUGGGAGAAAAACACAAGGCAGAGUAGAGAUAGAAAGUUGCUGGAGGAUGUAUGCAAUGGAGAGAGAGAAAGGGUAGGCAGGUCAGUGGGCAAGGAUAUAAGUAGAGGCAUUUUUGUCUGAAAUAAUCCUCAUUCAUCACAUGGGGUAGGUUCCAUGACAAAACUACUUUUAAGGUGGUCAGUGAUUCCACUAUUUCAAAUAGGGGUUUGAUCUAAAUUAAGUUUUAAGGACGUUGUUAGCAUGCAGCCAAGCCCACCCAUGUAGAAAUGCGGGACUCUUAAUAAAUUUAUUUUUGAAAUA